AUGUAUUACCAUAAUGAAUUUCGGUUUGGACCCGGUUUUACCUUCCCGGACAACGUUAUCAAAAAGUUCGGUUCCAAGCCUUACUACGAUGCUACCGUUAUGUGCCUCUCCCUAGCCUGGCUUGCACAUCUGACAAAAGACCCCAACCUACAAUAUGCCAGUCGAGCAAAAUACACAGAAGCCUUGAGCGGUAUCCAAUAUGCCCUGACAUCGGAUGAUAUCGGGUCGGACGCCCUGUUAAUGGCCGUCAUACUGCUGGCCUUCUACGAGAUGAACGUACGCACCUCCGAUGAUGCUUGGAUCUUCCACGCCAACGCAGUGAAGAUGCUGAUGAAGACGCGUGGCAUGAGAGCUCAUUUGACGGGCCCUGGGCGUGUUUGCCACUUUGCCUUCAGACCGUUUCUGAUUGGUGCUGCCCUUCAAAAGGGUGAAUCAUGUUUCUUAGAUGAGGAGCCAUGGCAAAACUUGGCAUCAUCCUUACGGACCGAGGAUUCCCAGAAGCAAGACGAGUGGGCUUUUUAUAUCGACGUCUAUGAGACCAUCUUCAUGGAGCUUGUGAAAUGCCCCGGCUAUAUCAAGGAAGCCCGUGCAAUCGUUUCGGUGACCUCACCAGAGGCCAGAUCUCUGGCUUAUCGUAUCCGUACAACAUGUGAUCGACUGCGAAGGCUAAGCAAAGAAAUGCGAACCUUACUCAGUGCACAUAACCAGCGAAAGCAGGGCAUCACUCUCCGCUUCGUCGGACCGGAGCCCCAACUCUUCCCGGAAACAAGCCCGUCCCUUCUCCUUCGUGCCGGAGUUGACGCCGUUCGUAUCCUCGAACAAAUAUUACAUCGAAUUACCGUUCCUACACCUGCCGUGGAACAAACCUUGAUAAUCCGUGAUGGAGCGCUAACACCCGUGUCAAGCCCAGAAAGUUCUGGAGAUGCGGAGAGUCCACCGCUCCUCUCCUUUGAUUUGUCCUGCGACCUCGGAAACGGCCCACAAGCUUCGGUCGGUAAUGAUGACCAGCGCGCAUUGACCUGGUUGGACCGGGUCGCCGGAGCAAUGGGGCUAUUAGGAGCGGAAAUCACGUAUGGCAUGAAACCGGAAGUACAAACGGAUCUUGCUCUGCGAACGGUUCGCACGUUAACGCCUGUGGAUGAUGACCUCCCGGAACCUCGUAGGUCGUCGGACUGA